GUUGGGAGAGGAUAUCGAAGUUGUGACCACAUCAUGACUCAAAUUCUGUUUUAUGACAAGUAAUGUGACCUCUGCAGACUGUUUAAAUCUUUCUUCUAUUGCCAUUGAAUCUCAUACAUCGUACGGUACGUAAGAUCCCCUCUUCAACAUGUACCUGCUCGCAGAGAUAGAUGCACACAACCCCUGCUUGAUCCAGUUUCCCUGAGAAAUUUAUGAAUGAAGUCAUAAAUUCACACAAAGCUUGGCAGUCUGAAGUCUCCAUCUGGUCACCACGACUGUUGCCAGCUGGUCACUCAGUUCCAAGGAAGCUCUAGCAACCAGCUUAUGUCUGAUACCAUUAAGUAUAUUUUCAGGCUAUUAAAUAUGUUUUAAUAAGGCCAGGUGAGGUGGCUCACGCCUGUAAUCCCAGCACUCUGGGAGGCCAAGGCAGGUGGAUCCCUUGGCUCAGGAGUUUGAGACCAGCCUGAGCAAGAGUGAGACCCCGUCUUUACUAAAAAUAGAAAAACUAGUCGAGUGUGGUGGCAGGUGCCUAUAUUAGGGAACCUGAGGCAGGAAGAUUGCUUGAGUUCAAAAGUUUGAAGUUACUGUGAGCUAUGAGGUUAUGGCACUCUACCCAGGAUGACAGAGUGAGACUUGGUCUCAAAAAAAUAAGGUAAGUAAAUAAAUAAAUGAAUGAAUGAAUUUUGAUAUAUAGACCAGUAUUAUAUACUUCUAUUAAAAUCUGUUAACUAGGGCAGCACCUGUGGCUCAAAGGAGUAGGGUGCUGGCCCCAUAUACCAGAAGUGGUGGGCUCAAACCCAGCCCCAGCCAAAAACUGCAAAAAAAAAAUCUGUUAACUGUAUUUCCUAUCUAUUCCAUUAUGGGCCAUUAGGUGGAGGACCCUGAGGUCAACUCAAGUACUCUGUUAGUGUAGCCCUCAGUAGUUUCUUUCUGCUCCACUCUAGAGCCAUCUCACAUGCCUCCCAAGGGGUUUUCCAUGGGGGUGUGUGUGUUUGUGUAUGAGAGUGAGAGAGCAUCUCAGUAGGCUGUGUUGUCUGAACUACCUGCAGAUUGUGGAUCUUUGUGCAUAGGCUGUGUAGCCCUUGUUACAUAAUAAGAGAAGAGCCAGAUAUCCCAGGCAAAACCAAGGGCAAGCUUCAGUUGCUGAGCAAAGAGCAAGCACUACAGACCCAGGCCCAAAGACCACUAGCUCCCUGGCCUCUGUGCAGUGAGGAAACUGUGGAUCCAGAGAGAUGAGUGACAUACAUCCAGGAUUACCUGGUUAUUUAGGACUGACUUUGAAGACGCUAAGUAUGCUUGUUUAUGAUUUAGAAUAACUGUUAGAGAAAAAAAGAAGCAUGCUGUUUUUUCAUCACAACAUUGAAGAAUAAGCCCAUAAGUUGAAAUGGGGAAAAAUACAAAAGAAUUGAUUUCAUAUAGAAAACUAGAUUUGAGAAGGUUGUUAAAUUAUAAAGGAAAACUUAAAAAAGUUGUUAGCGUUUCAGAUAUUUAUCUCCACAGUGGAAAAUAAAUAUUUUUAAGCAGAGGAUUUUAGCAGUGAUACUUCUAGUUUCACUUUCAAUAUUUUUAGGUUCUGACUUAUUUUAAAUAUGGCAUAGUACUAAAGGCCUAAUUUCGUUUUAAGUUUUUUUGGUGGAAAAAUUUUAUGCACAUAGAAAGGAAACAAAUGAGUGAAAUCUACCCCAUAGACCAUCAUCUCAAGUUCAGUAUCUAUCUACUUCACAACUUCUGGUAUGAAAUUUCAGAUAUUCAACUAGUUUUGACUUACAGAAACCAUUUGUGGUAUGAAGCAAAUCGCAAACAUCAUAUAAUUUCUUCCAUAAUAAUUCAUUAUGGAAACACUCAUAUUUAAAAGAUAAGUGUUCUUUAAAAAUUCCACAGUAGUACAUAGAGACAGCGCUGGGGCAAGUGAGAGCCGGACGGGCACUGGGCGACUCUGUGCCUCGCUGAGGAAAAAUAACUAAACGUGGGCAAAGGAGAUCCUACGAAGCCGAGAGGCAAAAUGUCAUCCUAUGCAUUCUUUGUGCAAACUUGUCGGGAGGAGCACAUGAAGAAGCACCCAGAUGCUUCAGUCAACUUCUCAGAGUUUUCUAAGAAGUGCUCAGAGAGGUGGAAGACCAUGUCUGCUAAAGAGAAAGGAAAAUCUGAAGAUACGGCAAAGGCAGACAAGGCCCGUUAUGAAAGAGAAAUGAAAACCUACAUCCCUCCUAAAGGGGAAACCAAAAAGAAGUUCAAGGAUCCCAAUGUACCCAAGAGGCCUCCUUCAGCCUUUUUCUUGUUCUGUUCUGAGUAUCGCUCAAGAAUCAAAGGAGAAUAUCCUGGCCUGUCCAUUGGUGAUGUUGCAAAGAAGCUGGGGGAGAUGUGGAGUAACACUGCUGCGGAUGACAAGCAGCCCUGUGAAAAGAAGGCCGCAAAGCUGAAGGAAAAAUACGAAAAGGAUAUUGCUGCAUACCGAGCUAUCGGAAAGCCUGAUGCAGCGAAAAAAGGGAGUCAUCAAGGCUGAAAAAAGCAAGAAAAAGAAGGAAGAGGAGGAAGAUGAGGAGGAUGAAUAGGAUGAAGCAGAGGAGGAAGAUGAAGAAGAUGAUGGUAAUGAUGAAUUAAGUUGGUUCUAGUGCAGUUUUUUUCUUGUCUAUAAAGCAUUUAACCCCCUUGUACACAAUUCACUCCUUUUAAAGAAAAAAAUUGAAAUGUAAGGCUGUAUAAGAUUUGUUUUUAAACUGUACAGUGUCUUUUUUUGUAUAGUUAACUCACUACCGAAUGUGUCUUUAGAUAGCCCUGUCCUGGUGGUAUUUUCAGUAGCCACUAACCUUACCUGGUACAGUGUGGGGGUUGUAAAUUGGCAUGGAAAUUUAAAGCAGGUUCUUGUUGGUGCACAGCACAAAUUAGUUCUAUAUAGGGAUGGUAGUUUUUUCAUCUUCAGUUGUCUCUGAUGCAGCUUAUACGAAGUAAUUGUUCUGUUAACUGAAUACCACUCUGUAAUUGCAAAAAAAAGUUGCAGCUGUUUCGUUGACAUUCUGAAUGCUUCUAAGUAAAUACAAUUUUUUUAUUAAAAAAAAAAAAAGAAAAAAACCUGGCUCGGCACCUGUGGCUCAAGCGGCUAAGGCACCAGCCACAUACACCUGAGCUGGUGGGUUCGAAUCCAGCUGGGGCUCGCCAAACAACAAUGACGGCUGCAACCAGAAAAUAGCCAGGGGUUGUGGCAGGCGCCUGUAGUCCCAGCUACUUGGGAGGCGGAGGCAGGAGAAUUGCUUGAGCCCAGGAGUCGGAGGCUACUGUGAGCUGUGAUGCCACAGCACUCUACCCAGGGCGACAGCUUGAGGCUCUGUCUCAAAAAAAAAAAAAACAACACAGUAGUAUUAUCAUGCCCCCCAAAAUUAAGAGUACUUCCUUUAAUAUCAUCAAAUAUCCAGGCAAUAUUCAGAUUUCCAGUUAUCUGAUAAAUGUUACAAUUUUUGUAUAGUUUGUUUACUUGAAUUAAGAUCUUUCUAAGAUUUAUAUGCGAUUUUCGGAUAUGUCUUUUAAGUAUAUAUUUUUUCAUUUAUAGGUUUGCCAUACAUUCCUCCUAAAAU